GUCAUGGAAAUCCAUUGGUCACAAUGUGUAUGAACCCUGGGACACAGUGAUCUCAUUCCUCCUCCUCCUCCUGGUCUGAUGUGUUGUUUCUCCUCCCCUCAGCCCUGGUGGACACGGUGAUCUCCGUCCUCCUCCACCCGUCCUCCUCCUCCUCUCUGGCUGCUGCCUGGUGUCUCCGCUGCGUUGCUGUCGCGGUGCCGUCUCAGUGUUCCUCUCUGCUGGACCGCUGCACCGAGCGGCUGGUGGCGCUGAAGUCCUCCCCCGAGGCCGUGGUCGGGUACGGGGCCGCCGUCGCCGCCCUGGUGGCCGCGGUGCAGCACUGCCCCCUGGGAAUACCACACUCCAGAGGCACGGUGGUUCUGUCUCUGGCUGAAGACCUCCUGCGUUCAGCCUCUCAGAACAGUCGUAUCUCUCUUCAGAGGACUCAGGCCGGCUGGCUGCUCAUCUCCUCUCUCAUCACUUUAGGCCCAGCUGUUGUGGAGCACCACCUCCCCCGUCUCCUCCUCCUGUGGCGUUGUGUGUUUCCUGCUUCUCUGAGGGAGCAGGAGAUGGAGCUGCGACGAGGGGACUACUUCACGUGGCAGGUUACGCUGGAGGGACGUGCUGGGGCGCUCAGUGCCAUGAAGAACCUGCUGCUGCACUGCAGGGAGCUGGUCACCGAUGACAUCAUCAACCAUCUGCUCACCCCAUUGGUCUGUGCUGUGGCUCUGCUCACCAGACUGCCAUCUCUCCUCCGGUCUUAUGGAGGUUCAGUUCUCAGCUGGUCUCUGGUCUACAGACUGAGGGUCUACGAGCUGCUCGCUCUGCUGCCUCCUCACACCUACCAAGAUAGUUUUGGUUUGGUGAUGAACCAGCUGGUCUCAGAUCUGUCCGGUCAGGACAACCUCAACCAGCCCUGUUCAGAGCUCACCCUGCUGCCCCCCCUCUGUCACCAGGACGACCUGCAGCUGGUUGGCCCUGCCCUCCACGCCACCGACCACCGAUACAUCGAGGAGCAGCUCCAUGGCAGCAGUGUGGGAGGAGCCUCGCUGGACAACGACGUCUUCAGUCUGUGUGAGACGAGCGAUGAAGCUCCUGCUCCUCUUCCUCCUCCCGUCGCUCUCACCGCCGCCGCCGUCCGACUCUUCGGAACGCUUUACCCCUACGUCAUCUCUGCUCAGAGGUAACUGAGAUAACUAGUACAGGUCAACUGUGCAGGUCAACCGUGCAGGUCAGCUAGUGCUGGUCAACUAGAACAGGUCAACUGUGCAGGUCAACCAGUGCAGGUCAGCUAGUACUGGUCAAGUAGAACAGGUUAACCACUGCAGGUCAGCUAGUGCUGGUCAACUAGAACAGGUCAACCAGUGCAGGUCAGCUAGUACUGGUCAACUAGUACAGGUUAACCAGUGCAGGUCAACCGUGCAGGUCAGCUAGUGCUGGUCAACUAGAACAGGUCAACUGUGCAUGUCAACCAGUGCAGGUCAACUAGAACAGGUCAACCAGUGCAGGUCAGCUAGUGCUGGUCAACUAUAACAGGUUAACCAGUGCAGGUCAGCUAGUGCUGGUCAACUAUAACAGGUUAACCAGUGCAGGUCAGCUAGUACUGGCCAACUAGAACAGGUUAACCGUGCAGGUCAACCGUGCAGGUCAACCGUGCAGGUCA